GCGGUGGCGGAGCGGCGGCGAUGAAGGUGGCGGUGGCCGGGUGCUGCCAUGGCGCCCUGGACAAGAUGUACGAGACGCUGGAGCUGUUGCAGCGGCGGCACAACGUGCGGCCCGACCUUCUCCUCUGCUGCGGCGACUUCCAGGCUGUCCGUAACGAGGCGGAUCUCCGUUGUAUGGCCGUUCCCGCUAAGUACCGCCACAUGCAGACCUUCUACCGGUACUACUCCGGUGAGAAGAAGGCUCCGGUCCUCACGGUGUUCAUCGGUGGGAAUCACGAAGCGUCCAACCACCUGCAGGAGCUGCCCUACGGAGGGUGGGUGGCCCCCAAUAUCUACUACCUCGGUUACGCCGGCGUGGUACGGUUCCGCGGCGUGAGGAUUGGUGGCAUCUCAGGCAUCUUCAAAUCUCACGACUACCGGAAAGGCCACUUUGAGUGUCCACCAUACAACCAGCAAACAAUUAGAAGUGCUUACCACGUGAGGAACAUCGAAGUCUUCAAACUCAAGCAGUUAAAACAUCCAAUUGAUAUAUUUAUGUCCCAUGACUGGCCAAGGAGCAUAUAUCACUACGGGAACAAGAAACAGCUGCUUAAAAUGAAAUCCUUCUUCCGUCAAGAAGUGGAGAGCAACACACUAGGCAGCCCCGCUGCUUCAGAGCUUCUGCAGCAUCUCAAACCCACCUACUGGUUCUCAGCACAUCUUCAUGUUAAAUUUGCAGCUUUCAUGCAACACCAGACAAACUCCAAAGAAGAGCUGCCAAAAGCAACAAAGUUCUUGGCUCUGGAUAAAUGCCUGCCACACAGGGACUUUCUGCAGGUGAUGACCACGUGCAGUGGGUUUCCACUUCUUAAGUAUUUCACUUGUCUGGACUGCUAAGUGCUGUGCUUAGAUAUAAGCUGAAGAAUAAUCAUGAUAAAUGGAGGAACUGGAAAGAAACU